UAGGUAAAUUUUGCUGAAGCAAAGCGAGUCCAAGACUAGCCUUCACAUUCCGCCACCAAAAUCCGGCCGCCAAAACCCUCGCCUCCUUCCCCCCACGCCGCGCUCCGACCUCUCGCCGCCGGCGAGCCCCCGCGUGAUCUCCAUCCUCCAACGCAGCGCCGCCGCCCGCCCGCGCUCCCGACCACCGCGGCCCUAACGCGCUGCGCCGGGGGAGCUUCCCGUCUCCGCGGCGCUGCUUCGCGUACGCCUCCUCCUCCUCCUCCCGCCGCCGCAAUUCCGACCUCCUGAUGUGCUCCGAGAAAGGCAUCGGGGAGGAGCCGGCUGUUGCCCUCGCCGUCAAUCUCUGAUUUCCACCCAAGGAGGAGGGAUCGAAGCAGGAGGCCUGAGCCCAAGAAUCCAGCUGGAUUAGGUUACCAUUUUCAUCAAUCUGAGUGAGUGUUACACCGGCCUUGACACAAUUAAUUGCAAUACUACUGUUUCUGCUGACCUGCUUUGGUCUAGUGGGAGAUCAAGUGUUAAUGUUUCCGAUUUGUGGUAUCUCCAGGACAGUGACUGAAAGUACACAAAGAGCUGAACAAAAGAGCUAUUGGGUAUAUUUCCCUUAACAGUUUGUUGGGAACAUUUGCCAAAUAGGUGGUUCAGAAUUGCCUCCAAACCCAUGUGUUUCACACACAUCUGAUCACACCCAAUAUACACAUUCCGUACAAUCUUCUCUCGUUUGCAAUGGGUCCUCGCCCACCUGGUGGUUCUUCAGAUAAAAAAAGUUGUCAAAAUGUCACACCAGAUAAAGACAGCUCUAUGAAUUUCUGCCACCAACAAUAUCCGCAGCACCUAUUUUCACAACCACCAUAUGCAAUGAAUUUCCCAUUCCCACCAUUUCCUCACUACCCUCCAUACACACAAAAUUUGCAAUAUGCUGUUCCACCACAAUAUGCUCCAUACACAUUACCACCUCCUGCUGGAGCUAUGCCAUCAACAUUUUUACCUGCUCCAGUUAUUCCAUCCAAGGCACCGUCUGACCAAGGCACCCCGCGUUCAAUAACUGGUCCAGGAGAACAAGGCACUGACAAUGCUGAACCUGAGAAGGCUACUAAGCGACUAUAUUGGACAGAAAAGGAGGACAUAAGAUUGAUAAGCGCCUGGUUGAUUUAUUACAAGACUGACAGGUACUGGGAAAAGGUUGUAGCAGAAUACAACAGUACAAUCCCUGCAACUCGAAGAAGGGAACUUCAACAUGUGAAGGGCCACUGGCACAAGAUAUUCAGAAAGGUGGCACACUUCCAUGAUUGUUGGUGCCGGGUUAAGGCAAAAUAUCCUAGUGGCCACUCUGAGGGCAUGCAACUGAUGGACAAAACUUGGCUGAUGUAUAAUGAGGAAGCACGUGUGAUGUAUCUUGAAGAAGCAGAGCAUAAUUUCGCCUUCGACCAUUGCUGGAAAGCAGUUUGGAACCAACCCAAGUGGAAAGCAUACAUGUCUUGUUUAUUUACGAAAAGAACAAUGCAGUCUGAUUCUUGGGAGUACAUGUCGUCUUCUGAAGACUCUGAAGAAAUGCCUGGAAAAGAAAUAGGUGAAGAAGUUUGCAUGACAUCUAAGGAAGCUAAAGUUAAGAGGUCAACUUCGUCUUCAGAGAUGCAAGAAGACAUGCUUAUCAAGAACCCUGAGGAGCUGACAGAAGUAGAGCCUUCUAUCUCCAAUGAAAAGCUUCUGUUGGCCAGUUUGAAACAACAAGAUGCUUGCACCAAGGACACAGGAAUUUCCAAGAAGCAAUCAGAAUUAUUGACAGCUGAUACUUCCUGGCCCACUGGAUUUCGUCUUGUUGACACUUCAGAAUUGAAUGAACAUCAACAGGGGUUGGCAGUAAGGGAUGAUAUGCUUGAAAAAGAAUCACGUCCACAAGGUUUCGAUGCACAAGACAACGAGAGGGCGACAAGGGAAAACAUUCCUAGAAAAGAAACACAGCCACGAAUUUGCAAGGCACCAAAGUUCAGUCGGAAACGUAAAGGCAAGGCAUCGUCUUCCUCAUGCGAGGUGCAAGAAGACAUCAAACAUGCGAUGCAUCUUCAGACCAUGCUUAACAAUGAUCGUGUGAAGAUGUCAGAGGUACAGCUCCGCCUCUCGAAAGAGCAGCUUGAAUUGGCCAGAAUAAAGCAGGAAGAAGCAAGGGAGAAGAAGGAAACUACACUUUACAAGAAGUACACGGAGCUGUUGCUGGCAGACACUUCAAGGUUCGAUGAGUUUCAGAAGGCAGAGUAUGAGAAAGCACUGAGGCAUAUAGGAGGAAUGCUAUUCAGCAAGGAUGGCAAUUAGUGCCCUUGCUUCAAUUUGUCUUAAAGCGUUACUGUGCAAAUGUCAUCUCAAGCACUAGCUAGUCAUAGAUCCUUCUAUUCUACCUGUUGAAUGAAGGGACUAGUCAUAGAUCACUUGCAAGUUUAGCCUAGACUUACUGACAUCCAGUUUGUGGAACUUGACUAAUUGAAUCCUGUAAGUGAUGGAUCAAUAUGUAGUCAGCUUUAGUUGGCUCGUCUAAGUUCUUAGGAAUGUUCAUUCAGCUGGCAGAAAUGUCCAUUUUGCUAACCUGAUCUACACUAGCAAGAAUGCUUGAACAGUGAUGUCUAUGCAACAUCGACGGCAAGAAUGCUUGAACAGCUAUAGUGUAGAUAAGGCAACCUCUUUGUUGGUUGUCGUGAGAA